AUGACUUCUUGCUCAGAGAUCUGUGGGUCGGAGUAUGCUGAGCAAGCUCAAGCCAGCGGGAACUGCCAGCAGUAUGGAGUCCGCUCCUACCUACACCAGUUUUAUGAGGAGUGCACAGCUUCUAUCUGGGAACGCGAUGAAGAUUUUCAGAUUCAGAGAUCACCGAGCAGGUGGAGCUCUUUACUCUGGAAGGUCUGUCUCGCAUUCGGCACCCUGAUUUUGUUUGCGGGCCUCAUUGUUGUUUUGGUGGGUUAUGCCACUCCAGCCAGGAUCGAAGCAUUUGGGGAGGAUGAUCUCCUUUUUGUUGACAGCCACGCGGUCAGUUUUAACCGUGCUCUAGAUGUCUGUAAGCUGACCGGCGCUGUGCUGUUCUGUGUGGGGGGCACCUCCAUGGCUGUGGGUCUCCUGCUGUCUGCCUUUGCCAAAAGCUACUCCAAAGAAGAACUGUAUCUGCAGCAGAAGUUUAAGGAGAGGCUGGCCGAUCUGACUGCUUUCACCACAGGUACCCCCAUAAUGAGAGCACCGGCCCCCGGAGAGGGAAAGGUACCGGCCACACUUUCCAAAGUCCAGAACAUCCAGCCAACGUCCACAAAGUCAGAGACCUGACAGAAGGACAGAUGAAGGCAUAAAGUGAAGGAGUGUGCGUGAGGAUUGAUUGGUGUGCAGACCGCGUGUGAGUGCGAACACGUGUGUGUAUGUCAACCUGUGUGUGCGUUUUUCUCUCUUGAAAGGUCAGCUUACAUGACUGAUAGUAUUGGUUCUUCAUCUUUAUUAGCUGUGUUUGACAUUAAAGCUCGAUUGCGCGGUUAUGUAGGUGCGGAGUUAAUAUAGCUGAGCAAAGUUUAAGUCUGCGGUUUGAUCCUCAGUCGUACGAAAUUCGCAGUAAUCUGACAAAGCACAUGCAGGUCUGGAGCCCUACCCAGAAAGCAAACCACAAAAACAAAUCAAUAGAACACAGCCGCUGAACAACAACAUCGUAGCUCCUCUGUCGAGAGGAUUGGCGUUUUGUAAAGGAGGGUGGUGUUUCUGCUGGAGGGUGUAGAGCAGCAGAUGCAGCGUUUGAAGUUAUUGGUGAUUGGCCCCUAUGCACAGAAAUGAUCAAAAGAAGUACUGAACACAACAACCAUUAUCUCUGCCUUGUGUCCAAAAGGACAUCAGAGGAUGAGUGUUUCUAUGUGCGGACUACUGCGUGUGUGCUGUGUGUUCAUGUAUAUGCAGCACAGCUUCAUGACAACGCUCACAGUGAGAGGUGUCAAUCAAAACUGCACACUAUGAGUACACAUGCUUUAGCUUUGGAAUACUCCUUUUAAGUACUGUUUACACGCAACAAGCCAGGAGAUGUCUUAACAGAUACUUUGCCUGCAGUUCACACAUCAUCAGAACAGAUUAGAGAGACACGCAGAUUAGAACGGACCUUAAGGGUAGAUUCCACGUUGACAUUUUCUUCUGCCUUAUUAGGCCUCUGACCUUGUCUCCUUCAGCGAAUCCUCAGACAGGAUCGAUAGACGAGAGCAGACAGACUGAUGAGAGGCACGUUGAACUGGACUGAACAUAGCCUGUCACUCACAACCAAACAGAUUUCUUUGUAGAUAAUACAAACAAGGCGUUCAUCAUGCCUUCUAUCUCAUAUGAAAUCUGUUUGUUCGUUGGUUUUCUCCUUCACCACAUUACCCAUUCUCCUCCUUUCUCUGUCUCCUUCUUCCUUCCUGUGGCAAAAGCAAGCGCGUGGACACGCACCUGUCCAUCCAAGCGUGCAUAGUUUUGCAGCAUUUCGAUUAAAAAUGUUGUCAUCUUCGAGUUACGAGUUAGUUGAAAGACGCGCAGGUGCCGCGUGUUAAAAUGAGGAGGCGCCUCAAGCAAUGUGACUGGUCGUCACGUAACAGGGGGAUGAAGAGAGCACAUUCAGCUGCCGAACGGACCUCACUGGUUUCACAGUGCUCACUGUUUUCCGUCUGUCUGGAUCCACAGAUGCUUUAGAUACAACAACGGCCUUCCUGGGCUCACACACAAAACUUGAAAAUGCAUCAGAUAAUUUACACACUGUAUGCAAUGCUGUAGAAAUUUCACAUCAUCGAAGCUUUCUUUAACUGGUGGCAUGCGAACAAGAAGGAUUUUAUCUUUGUUCUGUAUAAGCUUGGCACUCACACAGUCUAACUUUAACCUACAAGCACAACAAGCUGUUAAUGUCACACUUUAUAUGAAGGUACACACAUUCACCAUUAACUAGUUUCUUAUUAGCAUGCAUAUUAGUAGCAUAUUGGCUGUUUAUUAGUCAUUAUAAAGGGUUUAUUAAUGCCUUAUUCUGUGUGACCAUAUUCUGCAGUUAGCAGGUCAUUAACAUAUGAGUUUUCCAUCCAUAACCUCCUAAUUAUUGCUUGAUAUAAGUAAGGAAGCCAUUGUACAUUAAUCUUAAUAACCCUAACCCCCAGAAUAAGACCUUAAUAAGAGCUUCAUAAUGACUAACAAAGAGCCAACAUGCUACUAAUACAGAUGCUAACAAGCAACUAGU